UGAAGGGCUGUCUGUGAUAGGAGAGGGCUCGUAGGGAAACGCUGAAACGUCAACGCCAGGCAUCUUCCUCUUAGAAAGUGUUGUAUUGGAAUGGCGGAAUUAAGGUGAUUUUUUUCUAGCGUGUUUUUAACCGGUCUUUUAAACAGAGCCCAGUUUGAUUACACAGUUUAUGUAGGGACUUCAUUGAUUGUGAUAUCACAUAAUGUUGGUGAACUCCCCAUUGUGACGAGGAUUUUCAGUUUCUAUAAAUCUCCAGUUUCGCGCGAAGGAGAUGCACUUCAGGUGAUGGAUGCUUCAGUCUAGUAAAGAAAACCAGCCCUGACCCCUGACCCCUGACCAGUAAAGGAAAUGGGGACGCAGGAGCCCGCCUUAGUUCACAGUCUCCCUGAACAGAAGAGCCGGCCAGCCCAGGAAAAGGUCCUGCCCCGGGCUGAGAUAGUUCGUGCCAAACUCAUCCAGAGCUUCUACCUGCUAGACCACUUACAGGGGGAGGUACGCGGGACCCCCAAAUAUAGCACCAAGGAUGUACAAGAUAACACAGUGUUCAACAUGUUGAUGGUGAAGGAGUCUCAUCAGCUGGUGCGUUUCGAGGUCUCUCCCCUAAGGAACGACAUCAUCACUGAGGAGCACCGCCGGCGCAGCCGACUGAAGAAUCGCUGUGCUCGCUACCCCCCUUUGAACAUGUGGGCUCACUGGGUCCUGGAGAGUGAUAUGUUUUCAAAUGCUGUUCUUUUUUUGAUCAUUCUGAACACCAUUGUAUUGGGCAUUCAGGCAGAGGUUUUUGACAACAUGGACCCAAAAAUGGAGAUUCUGAAGCUAAUCCUGGACAUGCUGGACUGGAGUAUCCUGACCAUCUUCCUGCUUGAGAUCCUGCUCAAGUGGAUUGAUGAUUUUUUCCGGUUUUGGAAAAGCACAUGGAACAUCUUUGAUUUUGUUGUUACAACAUUGUCAAUUCUUCCUGAGCUUAUAAAGGCACACCAAGGAGAUGAUUCCUCUGACUUGGGUUUUGUGAAGCUGAUCCGGAUAUUCCGGAUCCUCCGCUCACUGAAAAUGGUUUCCAAAUUCCGGCAAGUCAGGCUCAUUGUUCUGGCCAUCUCCAAAGCAUUUAAGGCAAUGACUUUCAUCUUCCUGCUCCUUCUGGUGUUUGCUUAUAUCUUCGCUGUGGCAGGGGUCAUCUUCUUCCAGAGCUACACUCGCUCUGACAGACCCGACCUGGUAUAUAAUCAGAACUUCAAGGAUAUCCCCAGUACCUUCAUUACCCUUUUUAUCCUCUUCACAAUGGAUCACUGGUACGCUCUGCUGCAGGACACCAGGAAGGUGGAGGAGCUGGAUCAAGCCACCAGUGGCCUCUACAUCAUUCUCUGGUUGCUCAUUGGCUCCUUUAUCUUCAGAAAUAUAUUUGUAGGAAUUAUGGUGAACAAUUUCCAGGUGAUUCGGAAUGACCUCUCCCGGGAGGUGCAGCAGAUUGAAAUCCAGCAAAAGGCAGACCUCUUCAAAGCACAAAUCAUCAAUAGGAGGAUGAGCCAGUCAAGAGGCACAGAUGGGUACAAUAUUAGCAUUGCUAAAGAAUUACCAGUAGAAGGCAGCAAAGAGCAACUAAACUCAGGUCUGAUUUACAAGGAAGGCAGGGUGACUGAACAAAAUAUGGUGGCAGAAAAGGACUGGGAGACUUAUGUGGAGGAGAAUAUAGCAGUGAUGCGGGAGCAGGAAGAGGAUGAGAAGGUGACGUGGCCCCGGGCCCUACUUUUCAGAUACUUUGAGCUACUUGAACAGCUACAGCACAACCUGGAUGAGCGCAAGAGGCUACAGAAUGUGGCAGGUAAGGUUCAGGAUCUGGAACCUGGCAGCUCCCCCUACCCUCACCCACAAACCACAGAAAUGUAAAUACGAAGUCAGGAGACACGCUGAAAAACUGUGCUUAGAAUUUCACUCCUCUUGGUCUUUUGUAGCUACUUUUCCCUCACCUUAGUCUCUAAUAUAAGAUAAAGUAAAUUCCGCAACUCAAAGGGACAACUUUUCAGGCAGAUCCACUCAAAGAAGCAGCGAGAACUAAGACUGUUCAGACAUUGACUGAAAGUGAAAUCAACAUUCUUGAAGCUAUGCACGUUUUCGGCAGUGCAAAUAGGAUCUGUGGCCCAGCUCCAAUCAUUCACGUCAAGUGUUUCACUUCCUCUGUUCUUAAAUUUGCUGUGUUGCAGUUCAGGCUUUGCUGAAUUUCCAUGACUCCUAAAAUGUAUCUGCUGAGGAAUGGCCCCCAUUUGUUCUCCUCUCCCUGAAGAUUACAACAUCUUUCCUUCAUGACAGGUGAAGGACAAAUAAAAAACACUACAUUCCAAUA